AGCUUCUUGUAUAUGAAAGGGGGUUUCGCAUAAUAUUUAAUAUUUUCAGCGGCGUUUCUUCUUCUUCUGCGCCGAUGAACAUGAGCAGGAGUGUGGUGGACUCCUCCUACGCUGCUCUACUGGAGAAGACGAGGAUUCCACAGACCUCGCUCCAGAAGCUUGCUGUUAUCGCAAUCUUCGAAAAGUUUCGCUCCACGUCGCCUUCCGAUGCAGGUCGGGAUGCCAUUAGCCGCUGCCUUCGCACUCCCUCACCGGCGGUUGUCGAUCAGGCUACCAGGGAGCUCUGCCGCCUCGUUAAGGAUUCGAAAUUGGAUGUCUCUGCGGGGCUCUUGGAGCUUCAGUCCGCACUUGAGGAGUCUUCCAAUCCACAGUUGGCUGGUGUGUUUGUGAGAGCAAUUGGAUUGCUUUGUAGGAUUGGUUUCCAAGAACAGCCAGCUGCCUUUAGGUUUUAUUCGUCAGAUAAUCAUCCAUUUGUCAAAAUACUGUCUUGCGGGAUUGAAGUUCAACCCGAGCUUGUGAAACAAAUAAUUAUAUUUAUCACCAAGUGUAAACACAUUGGAAUGGAGGCUGCCUGCGGGUUCUUGGGCACUUUUCUUAAUUAUUCCUUAAUAAAGCUUCCAAUGGUGAGUUCUGGUAGCACAUUUGUGAGGAAUUUAACCUCUACAUUGGCCGCAUUUUGUUGCUCAUCUCCCCAAGAAGCCGUUUCCAUAUUCAGACUGUUUCUGGGGCGCCUCAAAUUUAUUCCAUGUAAGAAUGCUGAAGAUGUUAGUAAUGUUUCUUACAUCUUUGAAUGCUUAGUGGACGCAUAUCAAGUGGUUUUGAGGCAGUUGAUUCCAAUGGGAUUGCUUGUACAUGAAGCUCAGGUAUGUGGCUUAGAGAUGCUGGACGCAAUUUUAUACAAACAUAGGAAUUUUCGCAAGUAUUCUAGUGGUGUUGAGGAAGUAUUAUAUUUGGCGAGACACUUAUUGGCUGUCCAGAAAGAGCUUGGCCUUAAUUUUGUUGCUGAACUUUCCUCAGUGAUAGUUUCCUUGUUCGAAAUCCUGAUCGUGUCUGAGUUUGAGCACGAACAAUAUUCUGUAUUGAAGCUGGUUUUGUUUCUCUUACAAUGGAAAAGUGAAAAUGCUACAGGAUACCUCAAUGAUGCUUCUGCUAGUGACCCGAGUGAAGAGCUGUUGUUUAUUUUCCCUGUACUUGCCCUUGUUUCCUCUCCAUCGACAUCAAUCAAACAAGUUGCCACUGAUUUACUUUCUCUUUUGGGAAAGGUUACAACUAAUUUACUAAUCUCACCAUUGGAAAAAAAGCAAAGGGCAGAUGGGAAGGAUCUAUCAAUCACCUCUCCAGGAUACAUUGUGUUUAGGUUGUUAAGGAAUCUAUGGUUUGAGGAUGAGUUGUUAUUGUAUGCUUCAUCAUGUUAUUUUUCUAAUAGUGAGGCUUGUGAUGAUGAACGUUCUGCUAUAAAAACUUGGACAACUUCUAUGAGUGAUUAUUGUUGGGGUAAUAUUGGAAAGCACAAAUCUGCUUCAACUAUCUCAGUCUCUGAAGAAAACUUUUUGAUAGAUAUGCCUCAAAUACUUUCUGCAGUAUCAAGUGUACUUCUUUUGCAUCAAAAAGGAAACUCCUUCAUUGAUCUGUUAGCUGCCGUCACUAAUAUGCAACCUAAAAUGGGUGUUCCUUUAUUGCUGCUAGUUUUAUUCUACAGUCACAUGUUUUGUAGCAUCGAGAAAUCUGAUGGCUUUCCUGAUAUGUUGCUGAAGCUCUUGGGUUUGCUUCCAUCAGUUGCUUCACAUCCUGCAAGUAUACCAUUAAUUCUUCAAAUUCUUCUUCCAAUGCUUCAGAAGGACAUGAAUCUUGUCUUAAAAGCCACUGCCAUACGUUUGAUUUCUAAGACCUGGGAGAUCAACGACCGUGUCUUUGAAAGUUUGCAGGGUAUAUUGCAUCCAAAUGCAUUACUACAAGAUGCAAAUGACCGAGGAAUUUGUAUCAGCAUUGCUACUUCUAUUCAAGAUGUUUGCAAGAGAAACCCUGAUAGGGGGGUGGACAUUAUUUCAUCUGUUGCGGCAUGCAUAGAAAAUCAUGACCCUUUGGUUCAAUCUCUCGGAUUACAAAGCCUUUCCCAUCUUUGUGAAGCUGAUGUGAUCGAUUUUUAUACUGCCUGGGAUGUGAUUGCACAGCAUGUGCAGAUUUACUUAAAAAAUGCUGUGGUCUCUUAUGGGCUGUCUCUACUUUUGAGAUGGGGAGCAAUGGAUGCCGAAGCAUAUCCAGAGGCUGCUAAAAAUAUUGUAAAAAUAUUGUGGGAUAUUGGAACCCAUCAAGAAUCUGGCCAAAGUUUUUUGUGGAAGAGAGCACAAGAAGCUGCAUUCACAGCUUUAAUGCAAUAUGAGGUGGAUCAACUUCAGAGAUGGAUACCAGAUUUCAGCGUCAGGAACAUGGAAUUAUUAAUUUCUCAGGCUGAUCCAGAAUUACUGACAUCAUUGGAAGAGUUUGAGAUAAAAAUUAUAAAUUAUCAGCACAUUACGAGGCGGAGAUUCGUAAAACAGAAAAAGGUCUCUGUUUCGAGAAGCAAAAUUGUUAAACUGCUGGAUGUUGUCCCUGGGGUUAUUUUCGGGUCAGGAAGUGACCGAAGCAUCAAAGUACUACCUGGUGCUGCUCUGCUCUGUCUUCCAACUCCAAAGGAUUUGAAGAAGCAACAAGUAUCAAAAGGAUUAGGGGAUGUGCAUGCUAAAUAUGAGGACGCAGCUGUUGAAAUAUCCAAGUCUCUCGAGCUCUCAAGAAAUAUUUUGCUCGCCCUUCUCUCCUUACAAUCAUGGAAACCUUUCAUGAAAAAAUGGCUUGGGUCUUGUGUAAUGGUACUUGAGGCAAAAUCUCAUGGCACAGUGCUGGACAAAACUUCAAAAGUUGCUAAUGAUAUUCUGAAGAUCCUGACAAAAUUAGCCGAAACUGAAAUCCCUCGAUCUGCUGAGAAUAUAGCACUAGCAGUUGGUGCUUUUUGUCAGGUAUUGCCUGCAUCUGCACAUGCACUGAAGUCUGCAGCCUCGACAUUCUUACUAAAUUGGUUGUCCCAGUAUGAGCAUGAAUAUCGCCAAUGGUCAGCUGCAGUUUCUCUUGGAUUGAUCUCAAGUAGCCUGCAUGCUACUGAUCACCAGCAGAAGUUUAAGAAUAUCAAUACUCUUCUUCAGGUAGCAAAGAAUAGCAAAAGCACCCUUGUGAAAGCUGCUUGUGGAAUUGGAUUGGGUUUUUCAAGCCAAGAUCUUCUAACAAGAGUUGAUUCUGAAGUUAAUACUAAAUAUGAAAAAGAAUCAUUCAAGGUGAAGGAAAUUGAAUUGUUGGGAAAGAUCAUCGGGACUUUAGUGCAGAUGAUAUCACGGGGUACUGGAUCUGCUUCUGGUAUUCUGAAGGUUCUAGCAAAGUCUUUUCCUCUUGUAAUUGAUGAUUCCUCCUCACUUGAAGCUGAUUUCCUCUCUGAGAAUAUUGAUAAACUAGAGGAGGAUCCAUGGGGUAUAGCUGGACCUAUCAUUGGAAUAGGGAAUUGUCUUGGGGCAAUAUAUCGGGCUGGGGGUCAUGAUGCAGUUAUCUACAUAAAAAACUUGAUCAUUUCAUGGUUACCUAGUGCAGAUGCUUUGUUUUCAGAAUCUAUUGGAGCCUGUCUUGCACUACCAACUAUAGUGUCGUUCUGUUAUAGAGUAGAACUACUUGAUGAUGAUGAGUUGAGCCGUCUUGUCAGUGGCUUCUUGGAGCUUCACUCGGGACUGUUAUCCACUGAACAAUCUGAUACCUUCCACUUGGGUUUGUUGGUGGCAUCUUGUGCUGGUGCUGGAAGUCUCAUUUCUAUUGUUUUGAAUGCGGGGCUGCACUCUGUAGAAGUCAAACAUAUUAAAGGUUUGCUGGAAGUGUUUAGAAGAACUUACUCGAGUCCUAACCUGCCCUUUAUUCAUCUAGGAGGUAUGCUUGGUGUGAUAAAUGCAAUGGGCUCUGGUGCUGGUACGGUGAUGAUCCAUAACCUUCAUCAAAAGGAACAAUUUCCUUUCCCAAAUCCAGUGCUUCCAAAUCAUGAUUUGGAGAUGGAGCUAACAACUCUGAUUCAAGAAAUAUUUAUUGUUGCCCAAAAUUCUGAUGAUCCUCAGUUACAGCAGUAUGCAGCAUGGGCAGUGUCGUUUCUCAGACAUUCUGUUUUCUCCAGAGAACUCUCAAAUGAGGAGACUGAGGUACAUAAUGACCAUACUACCCCUAAACCCAUAUCUCAGGGAUUUUCUGAAGAUAGCCUUGUCAUGAAACUGUCCUUGUGGCUUAUGCAAGUGAACUUUGCUGAGCUUGGAACUAGUGAUAUUGUUAGAAGAACUGCUUUUGCUUUGCAUUGUUUGUCUCAUGCUCCAAGGUUGCCAUCAUUAGAUUGGGGAGCACUGAUCAGGCGAUGCAUGAAAUAUGGGGGCCAAUUUGCUCAAAUGCCUUCUGAAGAUAAAGCCUUCAGAAAGGGAAUCCUCAGGGAGGAAUGCUUUCUGUUUCUGUUAUCUCAUUCAAACCAAUCAGAUACACUUCUUGGCUUCCUUGAUGAACUAACUGAUCUAGCAAGGUUUAAGACACUCGAGAUAAAUCUGCAAUCCCUCGUACUCUUGCACUUGGCAAACCUGUUGAAGAUAUACUCUAGUUCUAGAGUUGUAAAGCUUUUUGAUGACGUGGUGGACUUCUUACAGGGGGUUGUUUACUCUGAUCAUUACAACCAAGAACAAAAAAUCUCAUUGCGAGUUGCUUGCUGGAAGGGCCUGCAGACUUGUUUGAAUGAAAGUGCCAUUGAAACGCUAGACUAUUCAUAUAGUUUAGAACAUUGCAUGGAGAUUCUUUUUACAAUGCUGCCGCUGUCUACCUCAUGUGUCACUGCUGAGCCGCACCAAGCAAAUUUCAAAUCAGAAUGGACAGAGGCAAUUGGAUGCCUUGGGAAGGCGAGGGAAAGCUGGCUGUCAGAUCUUUUAUCGGUUUCUGAUGCAAGUUUCAAAGAAUUAAGCAGCCAAAGCAUUGAAGUAUUGAAAAGGGUCCUGGCCAAAGCUGUACUUGUUCGAAUAGGUGCCAUUCCAUUGUCGGAACUUGCAAGAUUGAAGGCAUAUAUUUUGGAUAUUGAUUCAGAAGUUAUCUGGUACAUUCUGGUGGAAAUUGUUGCAACUUUGCAACACAGUGAUGAAAGUGUUCGAAGACAGUGGCUUGUUGAUGCAGUGGAAAUUCUGUGUGUGACACGGUAUCCUUCAACGGCUUUGAGGUUUAUAGGUCUGCUAUGUGGAAGCUGCUGCAAAUACAUGCCUAUUUUGGUUGCUGACAAAUGGUGUGUGUUAAGUGACUUGCCGGCUACUGUCUCAUGCAUCUUCCAAGACCAACACAGUGGCAGUGGCUGGAGUAUAGUUGCCGAAUCCAUAGCAUCGUAUCUUUGCAGAUCAACUGAAAGAAUUCAUGAUUGGGCCAGACAUGUGGAGAAUGGCAGCACAUAUUUUCCAGGAUCACAACCAAUCGAUCAUAGCGAGGUUGGCAUGGCAGAUUUCUUAUUCCAAGUGAUGCAUCAAUGCUGUGUCUCUUUGAGAGAAUAUUUGCCUCCGGAUAAGCAGCUAAGGCUUGCUAACAUGCUUAUUACUUAAGGAGAAGACUGAAUUCUUGUAUCAAAAUUGCUUCGACACUUUGUUCUAUUCCUACUUCCGUUUAUACUCUACAUGCGAGAUACUUCCUCGACCACUGAUCAAUCAUAUAGCUUACUAAGUGAUUUUAAAUCAAAGGCCAUCAUCAUCUUCUUGGUUCAUGUGCAUAAUGUAUGUUAAAAAAGUGUUUGGGUGAUUUUCUUUCAGUAGUACAUCACCACACCUAAAAUCCCAUUCCCAAGUUUAUAAAUGAAAAUCCAGUAAAAAAACUAACCAUGAAGGAAUCUACUUUUGAGCAAUCUUUAUUUGAUAGUAUAGAAAUUGCAGCAAAAACAAAAGCCCCUUCCUAGUGCUUAUCUAGGAUUCGACGAUACUAAUAGGACCCUAGUCAUUAUG